AUGGUCGUGAAGUCCUUCUUGCUUUUAGCGAAGACGCUGCAAUUGUUUAGAAGGACGCCACAGACAGAAACACCGAUAGUGAAGCAAUGGAGAUUGCAAAAGCAGCCAAUUUUGCACACUGGGACUCCCUGGACAUUUCAAAUUAACUGCCAAGAAGCCUCUAUCCCUCAGUCUUUAAGAAGUUUAAUUGAGAUAAUUCUGGGCCGAUGGAGCUAGUAUUGAGGCUUAGUCAAGCAAUAUCAUACAAAAUCAAGCUGCUCUUACUGUAUCACAGCUUAUAAGAUUUAACUCAGUGGUUCGAUGUUGUAAAGAUUCAUCUGGAGAAUCUACUCCAACAUAA